CAAAACAAAAGAACUGAUAAUGUUUGUUUUUUGAUUGCUUGAGAAGCAGAAGACGUAUUCGUAGAGAGCGUAGCUGACUCAUUCCUCGAAAGUUGUGAAAAUUUUUAUAUAAAGUGAAUAAAGUUCUUAAUGUUUUAAAAGUUAUUAAUGUGGUAUGAAUUUCUCAGGAUCUAAACUAUAUGUUAAGCACUUUGAACUUUGUUAAACCCGUGAAAGUGUUGUCCAUUAGAGAUGUCAGAGUCGGAAGUACGAACAAUUUUGACCCGUGCCCUUGACGCGGAUGAAGCUGGCCAGAAGGAGCUAGCCAUCGAUUUGUAUGGCAAGGCAGUGGAAUGUAUUCUUCGUAUAGAGGAUCGAGAAAAACGGGACAAGUUGAACAAGUUCGCCAAGCAGGCAAUAGAGCGCGCGGAGGAACUGAAAGGAAUCAAAUAUGUUCCGAAACCAAAAGAUUUGAAAGUUGUCCCGCAGCAUACGAUGCAUCCGGUGCGAAGUGGCAUCGGCUCAGGGAGAAGUCCGGUUCACAGUCCAAAGCUGGAAGUCAGUGGGGCUCAGGUUUCUUAUACCAGUGAGGAAAAGAAGGUGCUGGAAUUUACGUCGCACAUCAACUCCAAGGUUUAUGUUCCAUUCAUGGACAUUGAUUUGAUGGAGAAAUUCAUCUUUUCGAUUCCUUUUACGGAUCGCGAUGGUUUGCUUGAGUUGGCCCCUAAACAGAAACGGGACUUUGUCCAGUGGAUUCAAGUUAGCGAACUGAGUGAAAAUCCGGAACUGAUAGCUGGGGACCAUGCAGACUUCUAUAGCAUUCGUCAGACGGUGGUUUCCGAUUGCAGUUUUGUGGCCUCGCUGGCAGUGGCCUCUUUAUAUGAGAAGAAGUACAAGCGCAGAAUCUUGACGUCGAUUAUUUACCCUAGGAAUAGUCGAGAUGAACCGAUCUAUAAUCCGAGUGGAAAGUACUCGGUCCGUAUGCACGUGAACGGAAUUCCAAGAAAGGUUGUGAUUGACGAUUGCUUACCGCUGGGAAGGUACAAUCAGCUGCUUUGCUCGUAUUCGAGUAACAAAAAUGAGUUCUGGGUGUCCCUGAUGGAGAAAGCCUACAUGAAGCUGAUGGGAGGAUACGAUUUUCCCGGAUCGAAUAGUAACAUUGACUUGCAUGCCUUAACGGGUUGGAUUCCAGAGAGGGCUUCAAUUAGGACGAAGGAUCCAGAUUUUGAUGCCGAUGCAGUUUUUAAUCGACUCAGCGAAGGGCUUAGCGCUGGACGUUGUUUGGUAACCGUAGCCACUGGCGAACUCUCGGAUGCAGAAGCGGAAAGAACGGGACUUGUGUCGACCCAUGCCUAUGCCGUGCUGGACAUGCAGGAAAUUGACGGAGUGAAAUUGCUCCAACUAAAGAAUCCUUGGUCACAUCUGCGUUGGCGUGGAAACUAUUCCGAGUUGGAUGCGGUGCACUGGACCGCUGAGCUACAGCAGCAGUUGAAUUACGACCCAAAACUCGCUGCGAAUUAUGACAAUGGGGUUUUCUGGAUUGAUUACAAUUCCAUUUUGAACUUCUUCGAUGUGUUCUACCUGAACUGGGACCCAGCUCUGUUUCAGUACACUUACAGUAUUCAUCAGUCGUGGAGUGCGGGUGUGGGACCUACCAAAGAUGCCUACAAUGUAGGAGACAAUCCACAAUUCAGCCUCACCGUACCUGCUGGGAAGGGUUCGGUUUGGAUACUUUUGACAAGACAUAUCACUUCGAUUGAGGAUUUCAGAGUAAAUCGAGAAUAUAUUACGGUCCUGGUCUAUAAGAAUAACGGGAAACGGGUUUAUUAUCCGUCCGAUCCACCUCCCUACAUCGACGGAGUUAGGAUCAACAGUCCACAUUACUUGUGCAAAAUACGCCUGGAUCCAAGUUCGGUACGCAAGUACACUUUGGUGAUAUCGCAGUAUGAAAAAACGGCAACGAUCUACUACUCGUUGCGGGCGUACUGUCGUGAUAAGUUCGAAUUGAAGAAAAUCGACAACCAUUUCCAAACAGUUGAAAAUAUCAAUGGAGACUGGAAGGGGCGCACGGCAGGCGGAUGCCCAAACCACCCGCAAACCUACAAAAACAAUCCGCUUUAUCGGCUGCACAUCGGCCCCAAAGAAUCCAGCCAGUUAGUGGUUGAACUUCGUGGUCCCAAAGUCUAUCAAGUCGGACUGGAGUUGAGCGUUACAUCGCUGGAGGAUCCGGAGGUGACUGCCCCUUUUAUAACCCAGAGUACCGGCAGCUAUAGGUCCGGAUUUUGCGUGUUGGAUUUGGAAGGCAUCCCCGCGGGGGUUUAUCAGUUGCGUCCGUCCACUUUCCUGCCGGAACAGGAGUCGCCGUUUUUCCUAAAAUUUAAAUCAACAACGAAUUUAGUCAUCGAAAAGCUGAAUUGAACGGCGGAUCUGGGCUGCCUAUGAUCGUAUGGGACUGAUAUCGUAUUAUAGUAACUUAAAAGAAAAUGCGAUUACAGCCAAUGUUGUGCAAGGGAUUUAUUUUUAGCCAUAUUGAUGACGUUAGCUUAAAGCGGAAAGUUACUUUAGUGGCUCGAAGAAAUGACCACGUCAAUCUUAUCUAGUUGUGAAUACGUACCAACUAUUUUUUUUUAUUUCGUUA